AUGAGCGACAACGAACCUACGACCCAAGUACGACCACAGUUUGUGGAAAAUGCACGAAAAUUCCUUAUUAACCCUAAAGUCAGAUCGACACCAUUAGAAGAACAGAAGCAAUUUCUGUUGGACAAAGGUGUUACAGAAGACGAGAUCACAGAAGCUUUGGCCAAGAUCAGCCCGGGGCAGGUAAGGCAAGAUAAUAACAGCUAGACGGUGAUUUUCCUUAAUUAUUUUAGUAAUGGUUUAGUUGUUUGAAUAAUAUUGACCCUUUCAACUAAAAAUGCCACUUAGAAUCGUAUCAAAAAUGAUUUUAACUUUAACAAUGAAAUCUCUUUCAGCUUGCAGCCCAUCAACCAGCCCUUCCAGAGCAGGUUGUUAUGAUGCCCCCUCCACCACAAAACAAACUACUCACGACUCUACAAAACUUCAUGGUAGUUGGUGGAGCAUCGUAUCUUGCUUACAAAUUCAUCCGCUCCUUUUUCCUACCCAAAUUCUUCGAUAUCCUGGACCCAGAAGAAAGAGAAAGGCAGGAACUUAAAACACAAUUAAACGAACUUCAGAACACAACCAAGUUCGUCAUGGAUACUGUAUCCCAGACCUUGGAAACGGUGGCUACACAGCAAAAUCAACUGAGUCGAGCGUUGACACUACUUUCCAAUCAAAAUCGGGGUAAGUUGGCCUUAUGAGCAUGUACUAAAGCUGGCAGAAGACUGGUGUUAUAGGUACCUUACUAGGGUCGGUUUAACUGCCUGUUUCUAUAUUUUUAUACUGACAAUGUAUAUAGUUUUUAAAUAUAUGUACGUAAAAUUGUCCGUUUUUUCAAAAUAUGAAAUUUGAAGACAAACCUAUUGUUACUUUUUGAGUAAUCAAUCAUCAGAGUUGUUGGUCACAUCAAAGCAAUGUGUGGUCUGAACAGGGAAACUUUGAGCUAUUCCGUGAAAUAAUACCGACAUUAAGCAGAAACCUAAUUUAAAUACUUAAAUCAAUAAAAAUGUAUUAUUCAGAUACGGACAUCCAACGAAUUCAGACCGAUCUCUCUGUGAUAAAGUCCUUGUUCCUCAGGAGCGAUCAGUUCCCUCAAGUCCCGGCCAAUAUGAAAGCAGCUGGCUCGGCGAAUAAUUUGAAUGGUACGUCAACCGAGAAUGGAGUAGAAGAUAUUCCAGCGUGGCAGCGACAGGAUGAACAAACGGUGGCCCAGUAA